CAUUUGAUCACGAAGAUGGGUCAAGCAGGUGAGUUUGGAAUAACCUCUUCAUCAAACCAAAGUUCUUUCGAUUAGUACUUCAAGUGGGAAGAACCAUUCACUAACUUGUGUUCUCGUUGUAGGUGGAAAUGUACCCAAGCUUGAAAUCACUCGUUGUUGGAGGUGAAUUGGACCCUCUUACCACACUGGAGGUGGAUGUGGACAUUCACUGUGUGCCAGACUAUUGUUCGGAGUUGGAACGUAAUCCUUGACGGAGGAAUGGUGGAGGCUCUCUGAUCCGACAGUCCCCGCUAGAUCAUACACUACAGGAGAGACUACCUUAAUAACGGUAUACGGUCCGGCGAAUUUUGCAGCCAGUUCAGCUGCGAAACUGUCGACAGCGGAUGAUAACGGAUUUGUGCGACGGAGAACUCUGUCACCUACAUGGAAGCGAACUUCUCUACGGCGUAGGUUGUAAUGAUGAGCCUGCUGUUCAAAAGCCCUGUACAAGCGAGCUUGCACAAACUCAUGUGCUUCCUGUAGGUGCCGGAUUUGUUCUGUACGUCAACUUGUGUUUCAGGAUAUCGAAAGCCUUCUGCUGGUCUUCUCCCCAUUUCCACCGCUGUUUCUUCUUGAGCAGCAGGGUUAGCGGAGAAACUACAUUGGAGAAAUUCUCGAUGAAUCGACGGUACCAGCUCGCAACACCCAGGAAUCGGCGUAACUCUCGGACGGCCUUGGGAGCAGGAAAUGACACUAUGGAUGCCACUUUAUCCGGAUCCGUACAGAUGCCUUCGGAAGUGACGACAUGUCCCAGGUACUUCAGAGACUUCCGGACAAACUCACAUUUGUCGGGAUUGAGACGUAAGUUGGCUUCCCUUAGUCGUCUGAAUACUUCCCUUAAGUUCUCCAUGUGUUCUUCAAAGGUUUCCCCUAGAACGACUAUAUCGUCUAGAUAGGCAAACGCUUUGGGCUCCAUUUCGGGACCGAUUACGGUAUCCAGGAAUCUCUGGAACGUGGCUGGGCUUGCGUGUAAGCCGAAUGGCAUGACGGUGAACUGAAAUAGUCCUCUUCCCGGGACCGUGAAUGCUGUAAUAGGUC